CCCCCAUAAAUCCGCGAUCCACCUUUCUUCCAAAACCAUCUUUAAUUUUUUUUCUUUUUUUUCUCUUCUAAUAAAAUACCACUAUAUAUCUCUACUCCUCACCCUUUGUUUUUCCCGACCAGACCAGUCCCAUCCUCAUCUUUGAGUUUUGUACACUUCUCUGUUCUACACCCUUAUUUAUCCAACGCCCAGUUCUCUCUCUCUCUCUCUCUCUCUGAAACAAAAAAAGAAAAAAAAGAAAAGCAUCUUCGCUUCUUUCUUCUUUCUAUCCAUUUCCUUUAAAUUCUUGAUCUACAUAUAAAAAACAGUACCAUCUUCUCUGGCUCAACUCGCUUUCAUUAAGGACGUGUUCCUGAUCUGGAGGAUCUACAAUCCUGCUCCUAAAAUGUCACUGGACAUCACCCCCGAACGUGUAUGUUAUGUCCACUGCAACUUCUGCAACACCAUUUUAGCGGUAAGUGUUCCAUGCACCAGUCUGUUCACCAUUGUGACAGUCAGAUGCGGGCAUUGUGCUAAUUUGUUGUCUGUUAACAUGGGAGCUUUGCUCCAAACAGUUCCUACUCAGGAUCUCCAGUCACAGAAACAACAGCUAAGCUGUGGAGAUCCAAGUGAGGAUUGUGGAUCAUCUUCCAAAUGCAACAAAUUUUCUGCAUUUGAGUCUGCAGAGCAUGAACAGCCAAGAAUGCCUCCAAUACGUCCAGCCCCAGAGAAAAGACAACGAGUUCCUUCUGCAUAUAACAGGUUUAUUAAGGAGGAAAUCCAAAGGAUAAAAGCUAGUAAUCCAGAUAUUACCCACAGGGAAGCUUUUAGCACAGCAGCCAAAAACUGGGCACAUUUUCCUCAUAUUCACUUUGGGCUAAAGCUGGAUGGCAACAAGCAGGGAAAGUUGGAUCAGGCAUUUGCAGGGGAAGGGCCACACAAGGCUCAUGGAUUCUAUUAAAAAAGUGAUGCCUACCUUGUGAGUGGCAGCUAGUUUUCUAAGUAUACCUACUGAGUAUGAGGUUGGUGAAGCCUCCUAAUCUAACAGGAAGGCACCCUUGAAAACCUCACCCUCGUCUAUCUUUCGUGUUGUCUUUUCUAGCUGAAUUCCUAUGAAAAGAUUGGUAUUCUUUGCUCGUGAUUGCAUUUUUAUUAAACAGCAUAUUUUAAACUCAAACAGUAAUAUUAUUCACUGGAAUAAUGUGAAUUUGUUUUAAAUAUAUAACACUGGCUUUUUAUAA